AUGCGACGUGGCUGUGUUCUGCAGACCGCCGCGGACCGCACCGCGCGGGCCCUCACGCUGCCGCUGCUGCUCGACACUGUGCGGCGAGAUCCCGGCAUGACGGCUGUGUAUUACGCCAACCGCUACUUUGGGCGGGAGCGGCAGAUGGAAGUGACGCGGCUGCUGUGGGGCGAACUGAAACUCUACGGCCAAGUCAUUAUUGACCGCAUCGACGGGCCGGAGGAGCCACCGCGGUGGUACCCCGUCUUUUCACUGCCACGCAAAAUGCACAAAAUACGUCGCCACCGCCCGGAAGAAGAAGACCUCAGUGUACUGCAGCAGGGAAUAGAACACGGAAGCUCAACACCAGCAAAGAUGACAGGAGAAGGAGAUAGUGAAGCAGCCGCUUCAUUAUCAGCCGCAGCAGAGGAUGGUAUUGUUAGUCUUGUUCAGGCAAUGCCAGGACAUGAUAUUCAAUUCUACAUUGGUGAGCUUUCUACAGCUUUGCAACCAUAUGCUCCAACAGCGUUUAGACGUCUCCGUGAGGCGGGAAUAAUAACUAGGGAACAAACACCACAGGGUACCUUUGUCUGGAGAUAA